AUGAGACUCGCACACCUCCACCUCCCCCACACAACGCCCUUCAGCCGGGUCUCUCACAUCCAACAAGCCCUCACAACCCGGCUCCUCACACACAAAAAGCUCGCCUCCCCAGGCUCAAUAUCCUCACAAGAGCCCAGCAACCCAAGCGCCACGCUAGCCAAAACCCCACCACCGCCUCCAGACCCAACGAUCAUCACCUUCACCCCAAACCCCGUCUACACCACCGGCCGUCGCGACCUCCCGCCUUCAAACACAAGCCCGCCCUCCACAUCAAGCCCAGUUCUCUCCCUACCCCCAGCACUCGAACCAAUCCGCUCCCUCUUCACCCCGCACGGCAACCAACCCGCAAAGGCAGAGUACCACCCAACUCUCCGCGGCGGACAGACAACCUACCACGGGCCGGGCCAGAUGGUCGCGUACACGAUCCUGGAUCUCAAGAGACUGGGUCUAACGCCCCGGUGUCACAUUCGUGUUCUGGAGAAUAGCGUCAUCGAUCUACUAAAGAGCUACGGGGUUGAGGGGUUUACAACAGAAGAUCCGGGGGUGUGGGUGAAACCCAUCGCAGAAUCGGAAUCAGGAUCAGAAUUACAACCGAGGAAGAUCACGGCUGUGGGGGUUCAUCUACGACGCAAUAUCAGCAGCUUUGGAAUCGGGCUGAAUGUUACAGAUGAGCCGAUGUGGUUCUUUAAGCAGAUUGUGGCUUGUGGGCUGGAGGGCAAGGAGGCAACUAGUCUGCAGGGGGUGAAUGUUCCGGGAUUGGAGGUUGGAGAUGUUGCUGCUGCAUUUGUGGAGAAGUUUGUUAGUCGAGUUAAUGCUGAUUUUGCAUGUGGGGAGAAUUCGCAUGGGGAGAGGAUUGAUGAGGUUUAUCGGGUUCGGGAGGAGGAUCUGCUGAAUGAUGUCUAG